CAUUAACUAUAGCGGUUCAGCCAAUCAGCCCUUGAUGCGAAUCCGAGAUUGCGCGAUACGAAAUACGGCUUACGACGUACGCGAUGCGAAAUACUUCUUCUCGGCGCGGGACGACAUGUCGUUCGCAACCCAAACAUACGAGAUGCCUACGAGACGAACGCAUGUCAAGUCUCGUGGCGGAUGCAACGAAUGCAAACAAAGAAGAAUCAAGUGCAACGAAGCCAAACCAGCAUGCGAUGGGUGUGUCAAACGAGAGCUGCAAUGUAUAUACGACAAGUCUACGCAGUGGCAAAGGCCAACGCACAGGAACUCUGCCUCCUCCACCAGCCUAGCUACCCGCGUAAUCGACCUCGAAAUCCUCCACUUUUGGACGCUCCACACGCACAAAACCUGUGAUCACUGCUUCAUGUCGACAACUUGGUGGCAAGAGACUCUCCCGAAAUUGGCUUUUAGCAACGAUCAUCUGCUUUCCGCCUUGCUCUCUUUCACAAGCCUUCAUAUCGCCCAAUUCCGGCCAUCAGACGCCAAUCAAUACGUUGCCACUGCCGUGAAUUACAGAGAUCGUGCACUCCACCUACUCACGCCCUUGCUCGGCAAUAUCCUCCAAGACCAAGCAGAAGCAUGUUUCUGGGCUUCGGCGUUGAUCGGCUUGAUCACCUUGGCAAUGCACAACACAUCCUCGAGCGCAGCGGAGAGGCAGACCCCGCAGACUCUUCUCCUAGAGUUGGCAACCCUAUGGCGGGGCUCGGACAAUGUGGACAAGGCGCACGCAAGUGGAACUGCCGCAGCGAGCCCGUCCUACCACUCUCCGCACCCUGACUUCCCAACUUCAAACCUGCGAGACGCAGAGCUUGAUGCCGCUCUUCUCCGAACCCGAGAUUGCAUCUGCAAGGAUGCAUCGCUUGCCCCGAGUGCCCAAUCGCAGUACACAAAGGCGGUCGAAGAUCUUGCAAUGGCCUGUGCACUUCUCGAAUCGGAAGGCUCGUUCAGCGGCCUUCUUUCUUGGCUCCCAUGUCUCGAGCCUCACAUCCUCGACGAUUUCGAAUCUUCGCAUCCCACUGCUGCGCUCAUCGGCAUCUGCUAUGGCGCAGCUCUCCAUGCCCUACGACAUCUCUGGUACAUUAAAGAUCUCGGACGGCGCCUUGUGCACGAUCUCACUCCCGCUGUCCCGCUAGAUGAUCCGGACAGGGUUAAGUUGGUGAAUUGGGCACGGGAGAGAGUCUGCCCUCCGUGAUUACUUGGGAAGGCCCGAGCUAGAAGACUCGUCUCCAUCGAACGCCAAGCGCUUAAUCGGCGUAAG